AUGCGCCAUGCGGAAGAGUUGAGGUGGCGACAGGAAGAGAUGAGGAGAAUGGAGGAACUGCACAACCAGGAGGUGCAGAAUCGUCUACUGCGGGCAGUCAGAGAAGCGGAGGAAGACGGGCACCGUGGAGAAGAAAAGAAGAAGAAACAGGAAGAGAUUACGAAAGUAAAGGAAGACCUGAGGAAACUGCAGCAGCUGCACAACAAGGAGGUGCAGAGGGAACACCGGCUGGAACUUGAAGAAGCGGAGGAAGACAGGCGCCAUGCGGAAGAGUUGAGGAGGCGACAGGAAGAGAUGAGGAGAAUGGAGGAACUGCACAACCAGGAGGUGCAGAAUCGUCUACUGCGGGCAGUCAGAGAAGCGGAGGAAGACAGGCGCCAUGCGGAAGAGUUGAGGUGGCGACAGGAAGAGAUGAGGAGAAUGGAGGAACUGCACAACCAGGAGGUGCAGAAUCGUCUACUGCGGGCAGUCAGAGAAGCGGAGGAAGACAGGCGCCAUGCGGAAGAGUUGAGGUGGCGACAGGAAGAGAUGAGGAGAAUGGAGGAACUGCACAACCAGGAGGUGCAGAAUCGUCUACUGCGGGCUGUCAGAGAAGCGGAGGAAGACGGGCACCGUGGAGAAGAAAAGAAGAAGAAACAGGAAGAGAUUACGAAAGUAAAGGAAGACCUGAGGAAACUGCAGCAGCUGCACAACGAGGAGGUGCAGAGGGAACACCGGCUGGAACUUGAGUGA